UUGUCGAAAGAUCACUUUUCUUCAUCUUCUUCUGAAGCGUCCUCGGAUAAGCCGCAGUCCAGCAUAUCUUAUAAGUCAAAACUUUUCGCAAAUGACACAUCUGAAAAAGAAAAUACACUAACUAAGGACAGCCUGCACAGCUUACCCGGAAAAUUGCCUGUUCAAUUCAAAAAUAUCUUUAACGUCGGUUUCUCGAAAAUGCCAAAACAGAUAUACCGGAAAACUAUCAAAAGAGGAUUUACUUUUAAUAUUAUGCUCGUUGGUGUAGCUGGUCUUGGGAAGUCGACUUUUCUCAACUCGCUAUUCAUGACAGACAUCUACAAUGAUGAGUUCCCGGUUCGUUUCUUUGCUUUGAACGUUGGAUAUUUUUAUGAAUAUAUUAAGUUGCUUAUUGUUUCAUUAAAUCUAGACAUCGAAUUCUCCAUUUUUGACUUUCAGUCAGCUAUUACUUGUACCCCUUUGCCCUUCCAUCGACAGGCUCCCUCUGCCAGAUUCUACAACGAUGCCUCCAUCGCUGCUUCUGUUGCCUCACACACCUUCAGUCUAAUGGAGCAGAAUGUAUCCCUUCGCCUAACUGUCAUUGACGCUCCAGGCUACGGUGAGGCGCUUGACAACUCAUCCUGUUGGCGUCUCCUUGUGGAAGAGAUCAAUCGUCGUAACGCAAACUUUAUGGAAGCUGAAUCCCGAGUACAGCGUGACACUACAGGAAACGGAUGCGGGGGUUCUGGUGGACGUCUAGGAGUACUUCCAGAGGAUCUGGUCCAUGCAUGCUUCUACUUCCUUUCUCCCACUGGACAUGGUGUUCGGCAAAUGGAUUUGGAGGCAAUGCGAGCUUUGCAUGAUAAGACUUUGAAGGUAAAGAUGACUGCUUCAAGUAAGGAGGAAGCUCAUGCUGUCUAA